AUGGUAGUACCAGCAGGCAGAACAUUCUUGUUGAAACCAGUGGAUUUUCAAGGUCCAUGCAAACCACCCUCCAUUAAUGUUCAGAUAGAAGGGAAUAUAGUUGCUCCCAGAAACCCUGGAGAAUGGGAGGGGAGAGAUGUUCAGCACUGGCUGGAAUUCUCAGAUGUGAAUGGACUUCUUCUCAGUGGAAGUGGAGUCAUUGAUGGCCAGGGUUCUCAUUGGUGGCUCAAUCCUCAGAGAACCAGACCUAUUGCAUUGGCGAUAAAAAGUUGCAACAAUGUGGAAAUAAGAGGAUUAAAAAAUGUGAACAGUGCAUCCAGCCACAUGCACAUAGGUGGCUGCAACGGUGUCAUCAUCUCUGAUACACACAUCUCAGCUCCUGGCUCAAGCCCUAACACCGACGGCAUUGACAUCGGCUUCUCCACUCACGUUUAUAUCGCUAAUUCUCUCAUUCAAACUGGCGACGAUUGUAUUGCCAUUGGUGAUGGCUCUUCCUUCAUCACCAUUUCUGGCAUUACUUGUGGACCAGGCCAUGGUAUAAGUAUUGGAAGCUUAGGAGUAAACGGCGAGAAUGACAAGGUGGAAGAAGUACACGUCUGUAAUUGUACGCUUCAAGGAACUUCAAAUGGAGCAAGGAUCAAAACAUGGCAGGGAGGGUCUGGAUAUGCAAGGAAGAUUUCUUUUGAAGACAUCCAAAUGGAUGGAGUUGCCAACCCAAUCCUCAUUGAUCAAUAUUAUUGCCCUAAUCAACCAGUUCCAUGCAAAAAUCAGCCUCACUUGACUCUGCCACACCCACUACUGCUUCCUGCUUCAACGCCCAUGGCACCACCACCGCCCUCUCUACCCCGCUGGUCGCAUGUCUUACGCCGCUCGAUGCUACCACUAACAACGCUCGUUCGCAGACCACAGCCUGCACAGCCCAACCACCGCCGAUGA